CAUAAAUACCAUAUUCUACGAUUUUCUCAAUCAUACAACUUAUCAAAAUCACAAUGGUCAAGGUUCUAGAUAUGAAUCUUGACCUCGGUGGUAUGUUGAGCAUCCUUAAUAUGCAUAUCGUCUUUUGCCUGUAUUUGCCGUGAGAAUCUUAUUUUCGGGCAUUGAGCUUACUGGUGUUUUGAAGUGAGGAUUUAUUUACUGCCAACAUGCACUAUCUUUAUAACGAUCACCACCGCCUCCACUGUCACCAUCUCCAAACACACUUGUGUGGAAUGACCGUGGAGACGGAGAUGAUCAUUAUGGAGAUAGCGGCAGUAAUAUGUGCAAGUAAUAGACACAUAGAUCGAGACAACUGUAAAUAUGCGCCGAGCAGGUAUCAAAAGUUAGUCAUAUUUUAAAGCUUUUAUUUUGGUAAAUUGUAAUGUUCUGUUUGCAAUAAAUCUAAUUGUUUAUGUAUAUGAAAAUGCAAUUUCGUUUAUAAUGUAACCAAUAAACAAUUUAAAAUCAAUAUUUGUUUUCCGAAAAACGAGAAGAUGAGGCUAGAAAUAACGGCAUAACUUGAUUAUGUAUGUAUAUGAAAAUGGCAGUUCGUUUCUAACGUAACCAACAAAACAGUUGAAAAUCAAUAUUUAUUGUCAAAGAAGAGAGGAUGAGGCUAGAAAUACAGGAUGGUAGAAACAACGUCAAAUCGAAGAUUAUUAUACCACCACCAUGUCCUAUAGAUAACACCUUAUCCCUCCCAUUAUCACCCAUUUCAUUUUCAUCCAUUUAUGUGAUUUCACUUAUAUAUAAAAACGAGGGUGUUUAUAUUUUCGCAGAGUGAAAGUUAUAAAAACGAGGGUAUUUAUAUUAUCGCAAACUAUUAAUUUUUCAUUUAUAUAAAAGUUAAAAAUAAAAGAAAACAUCAUAAAUGUUAUAGUUAGGCUAUGGGCUUUAUCACGCCACGGCAGCCAGGGGGCUUUAUCACGCCUUCUCUUAACUUGUAGGGUGUGUGAUAACGCCCCUUGUUAAACAAAAUAAAAAAAAAAUUAUUAGAUAAAAUGAUGUGGGCCCCAUCUGCAACUCACAUUCUUCCUCGUUACCAUGGUGAAGCCCCUUCAAUGGCACCCCUUGUUAAACGGCGGGGUAUGGGCGGUGACGCCCCUAUGGCGCUAUCAGAGGUGAGGUGGCAGGGGUGGCGCCCUCCACAUCCUCCGGCCUUCUUAUUGUUUCUCACUUCAUUCUCCUAAGAUUAAAAGAAUAAUUGUGAACGAAUAGUCUGAUUGUUCAUUUAAGAAAGUAACCUGCAUAUGUGCAUCUAACAUUACCUAGAUAUGUGUAGGUAAACGGUAUUAAAUUAAAACAUAAAUGAAGAAAUUAGGUUGAUGUGUUUUUGUAUACAUAAACUACACGUCUCCAUCUUCUUCAUUGAGUCGCUUCUGUUCUGAACAAUAGGUAAGUCCGCCCCGGCUCACGUGUAUGUAAGAAACAGUCAACGGGGUGCCCACCCACCCACAACCAAUAGAACUAAAAAAACAGUCAACGGGGGCGCCCACCCACCCACAACCCAAGGUAGGUCCGCCCCUGCUCACGUGUAUUUAAGAAACAUUAAUAUUAAGGCAUAUGAACAAUUGAUAAAAAAAAAUUAACAUAUCAAAAUCGUUUAGUGUUCUGUAAUAACUCUUACCCUAGCUAUAUAUGAGUCACAACUAUUUUAGAAAAAAGUCUAAAUCCUAUCUCUCGAUAUGUUAAAGCAUUUUUCUUUUUGAUUAGCUAUACUCUAUAGCAUGGUUGCAAAAGUCGAUAGGCGCUCCCUAGUCGGAUUUGGGAGUACUCGGCCUAGGCGGAGAUUACUCGGGAGAGUAAUUGGCCUGGGAGAACAGUACUCAGGCCUCGGCAGCCUACCUUGUAGCGAAUAUUUGGGGAGUACUCGGAAAACUAGGCGGAUUGAAGGGUCAAUGGAUAUAUGCAAUAUGUUAAUAUAUUGUUUAUCUAUUAAAUUACAUUGUUAAUUUAUUUAAUUAACCAACGAGUUAUUGUACAAAGAAUGCAUAUAUGAAAAUACAUGAUUUUAGAUGGAUAACGAUGGUGAUAUAUAUAAACUACAAGUUAAAAUGCUUGAAGGGUUGACACGUACGUGGAGUCACCUUGUACGUCCAAACCUGAUCUUCCGAGAUAAUCCAUGCACAAGCCAGAGAAGUGGAAUUAUUAUUAGUAUAAAACCACAAACAGAACUCACAGUCCACCACUCUACUACCAACCCUCAUCCGUAAUCAGCCUGUUUUUAAGAGAGGAGACAUGGGAAGCGAAAUCGACAAGGCAAUUGCUUCACUCAAGAAGCUUUUAAGUGAAAAGAAGGAGUUGGCAACCACGGCUGCUGCAAAAAUCAACCAGAUCAUAGGUGACAUCCAGAAACCCGACAUUGGUCCCGCAUUCGUUGGCCCUGAUGUUAGGAUCAUGGCAGGGUUCGCCAAUUUCAAGGCCAAUAAGUUUUUGGCAAAUCCAACUUUGUACGAUGAACUUGCCAAAGGCCAGAGCCCAAAGUUUAUGGUUUUCGCAUGCUCCGACUCUCGAGUUUGCCCGUCACAUGUGUUGGAUUUCCAACCCGGUGAGGCGUUUGUGGUCCGUAAUAUAGCCAACAUGGUCCCUCCCUUUGAUAAGGUUAAAUAUGCUGGAGUUGGAGCCGCUCUUGAGUAUGCAGUUCUGCAUCUCAAGGUGGAGAAUAUAGUUGUAAUCGGGCAUAGUCGUUGUGGUGGAAUCAAGGGUCUGAUGACUUUCCCAGAUGAAGGACCGACAUCAACUGAUUUCAUUGAGGACUGGGUCAAAAUUUGCACACCUGCUAAGUCAAAGGUGAAAGCUGGGAAUGCAAGUGCAUCGCUUGAUGAUCAAUGCGUAUCAUGCGAAAAGGAGGCUGUGAAUGUAUCGCUUGCAAACCUGUUGACUUACCCGUUUGUAAGGACUGGACUGCUGAACAAAACACUGGCAAUCAAGGGUGGGCAUUAUGACUUUGUUAAUGGGAAAUUUGAGUUGUGGGGACUUGAUUUCAACAUUUCUCCACCUAUCUCAUCUGAGCAGUGAUUGGGGUUACUUUUGUAUAAUUCCAUUGUUACCCAUGACUCUUUUCUUCCAUCGAAGUUAAUUUCAUCUAUGAUCUCUGCUUGUAUUUCCCUUGAAUAAAAGAAAAUUGUAAAACUUCUUAUAUAAUAAUUCCAGCCAUUUGAAUGGUUGUUCAGUUUUGUUAA